AUGUGUCAAGGCGAGCGCGUUCCAGCCUCCCUCACUUUCUUCGACCUCCAGGCUGCCUUCUACCAGGUGCUUCGACAGGCUUUGGUGCCUCCACUGGACACUGAUGAGGAACUGCUUAAGAUCCUGCACGCGCUCGGCCUGCCUUCGGCCGCUGUUUCGGAGCUCAAGGACAAACUUUAUGCCACGGCCCAACUCCCCCUACUUGGGGCCACUUCACAUGCCGUAGCUGUUGUACAAGACCUUUUUAGAGGGACCUGGUUCCGACUGUCCGGCUUUUCUGCGCUUACCCUUACAAAGCGUGGAUCUAGGCCUGGUGAUCCCACCGCGGACCUCCUGUUUGGGUUCACAAUGUCUGCCCUUGCCAAGUCGGUUCAUACCUGCCUCGAGUCUCGCGGACUUCUACCCUCCGUUCCUUCUGCGAGCCACCGGCCUUGUUUCGUCGCCGAAAGCAGCUUCGCGCUCGGGCUGCCUUCUUGGGCGGACGACUUUGUCUCUCCCCAAACUGGCGCGUCUUGGGUCGACCUCAUUGCCAGAACCUCCCAGGCUUUGACAGUUGUCGUUGACCUUGCCACCUCGGCCGGUAUGACCAUCAAGUGCGGCCGUGAUAAGACUGCCGUCCUUUUUCCUCCUGCGGCAUUGCGUUCUCCGGACACCUCCUUCUGUGAAGGCCCCGAUGGACAGCGGUCAUUGGCUUUGCGUAAUAGCAUUACACAGGAGGUUUUUGAGGUUCCCGUUGUCGAAGCCUAUCGCCAUCUCGGCGGCAUUGUUACCUCCACCGGAACUCCCACGCCUGAUCUCCACUUUCGCUUUGCGCAAGCCUUUGGCACUCUCCGGCCGUUGCGCCGUCGCCUUUUUGGCGCCAGAGAAUUCCCGCUCCACACACGUGCAUACCUGUUGCGUUCUUUGGUUGUCUCAAAGUUCGCGCACUCUGCUGCGGCAUUGCUCCUGCCUUCUGCCUGCCAAAUCCGAGUUUGGGAGCAGCACUACAUGUCUUUAUGGCGUGCACUCUUUCACCGCAGAUCUGCCAGCGCUCAGCUCCAUAGCUUCCGGGUCUUGCAUGAAGCACAUGCCCUGCCUCCCCAUCUCGCCCUUGCUCAGGCCAGGGCCGGCUUUCUCAAAAGGGUCCACCUGCAUGGCCCUAGUGAGCUUCUCUUGCUGCUUUGGGAUCACUGGGCUGUCCACCCAGCGUCUUCUUGGUACAAACAGGUACUGUCAGAUGUUGGACAUGUUUCGCAAUAUGUCCCCUCUGUCCGUAACCUCCUGUCCACCGGUGACACUGUCGCUGCUUUGCUGGAAUCUUUUGCUGAGGAUCCGUUUUGGUGGCCAAGACAGAUUAAAGCAGCCUCUCGUGCCUUCUUUGAGGAUGUCGCCAAGUGG